AAAACACUGCUCCCGACUCCCGUCCCCGAUUCUCCUCCCGAUCUCGCAGGCCCGCCGUCGCCACCACCGGACCCCAGGAGGCAAGGAGCCGGCCCUGCCCACCCAGUGCCCCUCCCCGCCCCAACCUUCGGUCGCCCACCGCCGCACCGCAGCCUUGCCAGCCGGGGCUCGGCAGCCGCCCAUUCCGCACUCGGCAGCAGUCCUGCCCUGCGGCCGGCGGUGUGCAGUUGCAGCGGCCAGCCGAUUUGAGAUCUCCACUGAUCAGCGGCGAUGGCGAUCCGACACUACUGGUCGAUGGCUGUCGCGGCCGUUGGGUUCCGCCUCGUUCUGGUGCUCUUCGGCGGAGACCUCCACCUUGCCUCCCGCCCGGAGGUCUCCACCCCCCUCACGUCCCUCCGCCGCCUGGCAGAAGGAUACUGGCUAAAGCAGGCGUCCAUGUCACCCUAUUCCGGUUCGAUGUAUCAUGGUUCCCCUUUGCUUCUAUCGGUUCUUGGUCCGCUAACCAGCAAAAGGUCAGGCGGACACCAUUCUCAUAUAUAUUGCAGUUUGGUUUUUGUGGCUGUAGAUUUUAUAGCUGCUAUACUCAUUCGAUCAACUGGGCGUACACUCCAAAUGGCACGUAACAGAAGCUUGAAGUCUCUUGACCUCACAAAAUCAGUGGACAAUUCUGUGAAUGUAAGCGCAGGAGAUACUGCUUCUCUAAUAUAUCUGUGGAACCCUUGGACAAUAAUCACCUGUGUGGGUUCAUGUACAUCGCCAAUUGAGAAUUUAAUGGUCGUGAUAAUGUUACAUGGAGCCUGUUCAGGUCUUGUGCCGCUUGCUGCCUUUGGAUAUGUUAUGGCAACACACCUUUCCCUUUAUCCUGCAAUUCUCAUUCUACCUGUUGCUCUUUUAUUGGGUAAUGGUCCAGAUACUCCUCCAGCUAAAGUCUUUCUUCAGAGAGGCUCGAGUGCCAAUAAAAUUGUCAUGUCAGAUAAUGGAAAAAGUACUAGCCAAAAAGGUUUUGGACAAUUCUCACGGAAACCAAUACUUCACUUCAUAUUGUGGGUGUUUAUCUGGUCAUGUUAUGUGUUGUUAUUGAACAGCAUUAUUCUAAAUAAAGUGGGUGGCCUACAGGAGAUGUUUGAAAAGACAUAUGGUUUUAUCCUUACGGUGAAGGAUUUAUCACCAAAUAUUGGUGUGUUAUGGUAUUUCUUUGCCGAAGUCUUUGACUUCUUCAGAAGCUUCUUUCUUAUAGUCUUUAAUAUGAACAUCAUUUUUAUGGUCUUGCCAUUGGCUAUCCGUUUGAAGCAUCGACCGUGCUUCCUUGCCUUUGUUUACACAGCAAUUGUUGCAAUGCUGAAAUCUUAUCCCUCGGCUGGAGAUUCAGCUCUAUAUAUUGGACUUCUAGGCCUGUUCGCCAAUGAAUUAGCGGAGAUGCAGUUCACCUUCUUCUUGUUCUUUGGAUAUAUUGGAGUCUCUCUCCUUAGCCCUGUCAUGCAUAACCUAUGGAUUUGGAGGGGCACUGGUAACGCAAAUUUCUACUUCGCGACCGGUUUGGCUUAUACCUGCCUUCAGACUGUGUUGGUCGUGGAGACUGUAAGUUCAAUGAUAAAGCAUGACAGGAAACUAAGGCUACUUAUAAAAGCUUAACAUCAUUUCUCAGAAGGUCAACAUCUCAGAUGCUUUUCUUGCUGGUUCCCCAUGAUGCGAAUUUGUGACCAGUUCAUUGUCAUGUGAUUUUGGGUAGAUGCAGUUGAUAAUGUUCCAUGUCAUGUUGUAUUGUACCUCCCACAUUUGUACAAUAUGGACCAGAUCGCCUAACCAGGAUUAGAGAAAGAAUCUAGGUUUCUCCCUCGAAGCUAACCAUAGUCGGCACUGAAUUUCUCUAUGAAUCAUUUGAUUACUGCCUUGUCUGAUCUUUGUGAAAUUGAUCCCUGGUAGUCAGCUUGUCAGGUAGCCUUUGGAUGCCUCUGUUUUCGUUGUCAAAGUCCAUUUUCUUUCAUCUUGGUAAAGCCGAGGUCAUUGUCAGUCACACGUUGCAGUUUACUACUUCCUAUGUACUGCAAACCAAUAUUCGGAGACGUUCCUGGCACAUAAACCUUUGAGCUGCAAUAGAAUUUCUUUCCUCGUGCGAUUA